AUGGGUUCCAUCGAAGAAGAAAGACCCUUCUUGGAAGAAGGUUCUGUAUUAUUACAGGAAGUGAAACUGUAUACGGAAGAUGGUUCAGUGGACAUUAAUGGAAACCCACCAUUAAAGCAGAAAACAGGAAACUGGAAAGCUUGUCCAUUCAUUCUCGGCAAUGAAUGCUGCGAACGGUUAGCUUACUACGGUAUUGCCAAGAAUCUAGUCACUUACUUCACCACUCAAUUGCAUGAGACCAAUGUUUCUGCGGCGAGACACGUCAUGAUAUGGCAAGGGACUUGUUACAUCACUCCUCUCAUUGGAGCUUUAAUAGCUGAUGCUUACUGGGGAAGAUACUGGACUAUUGCUUGUUUCUCUGCCAUUUAUUUCACUGGAAUGUCUAUACUAACACUCUCAGCUUCACUUCCGGGCCUUAAGCCAGCUGAAUGCAUUGGCUCUCUCUGCCCAACAGCAACAACAUCUCAGUACUCAGUCUUCUUUACCGGUCUUUACCUCAUCGCUCUCGGUACUGGAGGCAUCAAACCAUGUGUCUCAUCAUUUGGUGCUGAUCAGUUUGAUGACACUGACACUCAUGAACGACUCAGAAAAGCUUCUUUCUUCAACUGGUUUUACUUCUCAAUCAACAUCGGUGCUUUUGUCUCAUCUACUCUUCUAGUUUGGGUUCAAGAGAAUUCAGGGUGGGGGCUUGGUUUCUUGAUUCCUACUGUCUUCAUGGGACUCUCUCUUGUGAGUUUCUUCUUUGGAACUCCGCUUUAUAGGUUUCAGAAACCUGGAGGUAGCCCGGUUACUAGAGUUUGCCAAGUUCUUGUAGCUGCUUACCGUAAAAUGAACCUCAAGGUUACUGAUGUAGAAGACCAAACUCUCUUGUUCGAAACACGAGAUAAGAACUCUGUAAUAGCUGGAAGCAGGAAGAUUGAGCACACAGACGGUUUCAAGAAAAUAUCGUUUUUAAUCAGAUGUUUUGUUGAGUGUUAA